CACGCCCUUUAUUUUAACAAAACAAAAUUUCAGAAGAGAAACGACAUUUCAAUUAUUUAUUUUAUUCUAAGAAUUUGCCCUGAAUUAUUAAUUAAAUUAAUAUCCUAUCGACGGUCGAAGGUGACCGACCUCCGAUAUGUCCAGCAACGACUUUUGUCUGCAGCUGUCGGAUUUCCCCAUCAGAUUUGAAGCCGUGAGCCAUGUAACAAACGUCUUUUACGAUGACUCGAAUAAGCAGGUGUUUGCCGUCAGAUCUGGAGGAGUCACCGGCGUGGUUGUCAAAGGACCCACCGAAGAGUUGUCCACCAGUUUUCGAAUGGAAGACAAGGGGCCUGUCAUUUCCAUCAAGUUUUCUCCGGACCAAAAAGUUUUGGCCAUUCAGAGAUCAAAAACUUCUGUGGAAUUUCUGAAUUUUUUGAAUGGCAUCGACUGUCUCGAAUAUUCCCAAAGUUGCAAGGGCAAAAGCAACACCAUCAUUGGAUUCAUUUGGACCAGUCAGAAUGAAAUAGUUUUUGUCACUGAUAACGGAAUCGAAUUGUUUCAGGUGGUUCCGGAGAGACGAUCGUUGAAAGCUCUGAAAAAUCUUACCAUCAGUGUCAACUGGUUCGUCCACUGCCCCCAAAGCAAACUCUUGAUGCUCUCGACUGGUGCUUACGGCAACAGCAUUCAGCCUCUCCAGUUCAAGAAAGGCAACUUCUUGAAACUCAACAAGUUUGAUGUCGAAAUGCUGGCAGUGAUGAAAACGCCUCCCAAGUUGUGUCUUCUCGAGAGAGACGUCACCCUGGCCAUGGUCUACGGACAGGCGUGCGUCAUUGUUCUGCGACACCAACCUGCCAGGGUGGACAGAGGGCCUGGUGCCGAGGUGCUCAUUUACACAAUGGAAAAAAUGCUCACAGCAAAGAAGAGUCACAUUUUGAGGUUGGAGAAAACUGGACGAUUUGCUGUGAAUGUGGUUGAUAAUUUGAUCCUAGUCCAUCACCAAGCCUCAAAAACUUCGAUGAUUUUUGACGUGUCUCUCUCCGGUGACUCUGAUGGCUACAUUUCUUACCACCACCCUAUUGCAAUGCCUCUUCCCAUCAAACCUUUUAUUUUGAAAAUCCCAUCGGCCCAGAUGUCCAGUGAAUUGGCUGAAGUCAACUGCGAGCUUUAUUCGCCAAACUGGGUGGUUUUCCAGCCCGACAUAGUGAUUGAUGCCAAAUUGGGCUGUUUGUGGCACGUCGAGCUGUGUCUCUCCAACUUGGCGCUCAUGAUCUCGGACAAGUGCAGACUUGUCGACUGUUUGGUGCAGAGGAAGGCCGGAAAGUUGGUGCUGCUGAACGUUCUGAGGCGACUGCUUGAUCCUGCUGCCGGAAACAAUUUAGGGGUGAUUGCAGAUGUCUUCGAUCACCUUAAUGACGUCUACCGGAAUUUCCUUGAAGUGGAAAUGCAAAGUCAAAUGGCAACUCCAGCUUCAUCAUCCCCGUUCUCGAAGCCUUCGUCCGGUCCAAUAGCCACAACUCCAAAGGCUGCAGUGGUUAUUGAUCAAUCCGACAUGUAUACAAGUGUGUUUGUCCCCCUUUCUGAAAAAGCUGACGGCCCGUCUGGGAAAUUGGUGGUCGCCGUCAUGAUCGAGUACGUCCGGUCCCUCGGGGACAGCAGAAUUCCAGUGCAGCACUACCUGUACGAACUGCUCAUCAACACCAUGGUGCACCGCAAGGCCUUCUUCCAACUGCACCAACUUCUGCAGUACCACGUCGUCACAGACUCAAAACCUCUGGCGUGCCUCCUCCUGUCCCUGGAAAAUCUUUAUCCUGCUGCCCACCAACUUGCCUUGGACAUGCUGAAAAGACUGGGAACUGCAAACGAAGAAAUUGUCGAAGUCCUUCUUUCCAAAAAGCAAAUUCUCGGAGCUCUCAGGUAUAAACAUAAAAAGUGUGUGAUAUUGAUUUUGUUUCCAAAGGUUUAUCAGAGGAAACGGUACUGUCGAGCAGGCGUCUGCAAGGAAAUUCCUGGAGGCGGCCAAAAACACUGGAGACGACGAUGUUUUUUACGCUGUUUUCAAAUUUUUUGAGCAACGCAAUGAGCAGCUGCGGGGAAACCCCCAGUUCAACAAAGGAGAGCACUGUGACGUCUACGUCAAGUAUUACGAAGAGAAAUUCACCAGCAUGGGAGACAGAACCCCCACUGAAGCGCCACCCACGGAGCCUUCCAGCUUUUAUCAGCUUGUAAAAUAAAAAACCUAUGUCUCUAUCCCUCUUUUUACUUGUCUGUGAUAAAUAAACUUGCGCCAUACAAACACGA